AUGAGCGACCAAUCACGUGAACAGAUCUUAUCGGACUUUCAAAGUUGCACAGGUUUAGAACAUAUAGACGAAUGUAUUCACGUUCUAGAACAAUAUGAAUGGAUUUUACCGGCUGCUGUUCAAUCUGUUCUUGACAGAAUCGGAUGUGCGAAUGAUAAUGAAACAACAGUACCAAAUCAAGACACAGUUAAUAAUAGUACAUCAUCAGUAGCAAUAAAUACAACGAAUCAAAAUGUUAAUAAUAAACGACAAUCAGAUUCAAAUGACAUUGAUGAUUUAGAUCAACCAAGAAUUAUCAAAACUAUACCUGGUAGUCAACGAACGACUACAGGGAUUAUCGGACCAGUAGUUCGUGAUUUAAAUUUUACAAUUGAAUGUCGUGAUCGGACAGAGCAAAUAACUAUGUUUGAUAAUGAAAGCGUUUAUCAAUUAAAAGCAAAAAUAUGUGAAAAAAUUCCUAUCCCACCAAACAAACAAAAUUUUCUCAAUUGGGAAACGAAAAGUUUUGAUGAUCACACAAUUUUAAGAGACCUUCAUUUACCAAAAGAAAAUAAAAUACAACUUUCGUCAAUAGAAAAUGGAUCUGCAUCUCGAACUCAAACUCAUACAAGUUCAGAGGAAUUUCCAAUAACAGUGCUAUGCGAAGAUCAAUCAGGCAACAUGAUACCAUUUAAACUUACUUUACAAUCAAAUACAACCAUUAAUGACCUGAAAAAGAAAAUUGAACAUUCAGCUCACAUACCACUACAAAAUCAAAGUUGGCAAGGUUUACUAGGUGCAAAAGACUCGGAUGAAUUAAGUCAAACAUCUAUUACCUCUCAAAUACCUUUAAUUCUUCAUCGUUCAGACAGACAACUACCAUCAAUAAGAAAAGAGAUCAAAUAUUCAGUAACAACAAACGACGAUGAACGAAUGGAUAUUGAUCAUGAUAGUAGUUUAGAAACAUAUGAAGAUGAUAAUCAUGCUUUGUCUCAAAAUGAAACUAGCCCACAAUUUGAUGCAACGACAAUAGCAAGUCGAGUUCCACUUAUUCCUGAUGAGUGUACAGAUGAUGUAUCUGCACUGGAAAAUUUCGCUCGUGUUUUUCAUGCACGCUAUGGCUCAACAGGUCCCAUUCUCUACAUUGGCCCCUUAGAUCAAGCAAUACAAGAUUCAGUUUAUGCAUCAAUACAUAAUCGACGCCCAUUAGCCAUCUAUCUUCACAAUGAUCAAUCGGUCUGUGCCAAUGUAUUUUGCUCUCAAGUCUUAGCUACUGAUUCAAUUGUUGAAUAUUUAGCAAAUAACUAUGUUUUUUGGGCUUGGGAUGUAACAUCGGCUAGUAAUCGAACACGAUUAUUUGAAACAGUUCGCCGAUGUGUUGGCAAUCAAUGUGUUCAUCGUGUAGGUUCAAUAGAAAAUGAUACAUUUCCAUUGAUACUUAUUGUUGUACGAUCUCGUGGGUCACUAGAGUUAGUAAAUAUAAUCGAAGGAAAAAGUACACCAAGUGAAGUUUUACUUAAUCUCAUUCAAUCACAUGAAUCAUUUGAAGAACAACGAUUACGUGAUGUUGAUGAAGAAAUAAUGAGAGAAAAACGUGAAAAUCUAAAAAAACAACAAGAAGAUGAAUAUGAACAAUCUCUACAAGCAGAUCUAGCUAAAGAACGAGCGCGACAAGAAGAAUACGAUGCCAGCGAACGUUUAAAACAACAGAGAUUGCAACAACAAGAAGAAUCUAAAGCUCGUCUACCAGAAGAACCAAGUGAAACAGAAAAAAAUAUUAUUCGAUUGAAAAUUCGUCUACCGAAUGAUGAAGGUGUACUUAUGAGACGUUUUCAUAUCAACGAUAAUCUUCAAGUGUUAUUCGAUUACCUUACAACUCACGAACGUAUGCUUGGCGAGUACAAACUUUUGACAACUUAUCCUAAACGAGAUCUAGCAUCGCUGAAUGCAUCAGAUACGUUUGAACAAUUAAAAUUGUAUCCUCAGGAGCAACUUAUUCUCGAAUCUCUGUAA